AAUAACAAUGUGCUUAACUCUCCAUAAUGUCUCCUCGGAGUUUCAGGGGUGCAGUGCACAUUUAAUGCAAAGGUGGCGCCCGGACGAGCAGAGGUUCACUCGCCAACACAGAAACCCGACGAAGCUCGCAGUUAUUAUUUACUACCUCAGUGCCACCUUCAAUAUAUAAUUUUGAUUUAGAAAAACUGUUUCCCUCUGUCUUUUCCGUCCCAGUGCGUUCUAAAAAUCACCCUCCGCUCCACGUCUGAGUGGCUUGAUGUCUGCGCUUAUCAUAGUAAAUGUAUUUCUUCCUGCCACACUUAUUAUUCACCGUGCCGCGGCGCACGCUAAGCCUCGCGCUCUGCCCCGGUUGUGUUAAAACAUCCCAGAUGUUUUAAUGAAGCCAGCUCAUCCUUUUGAGUUUCAGGGCCGACGCUGCUCUGCUGUGAUACGUGACUCUGACCUCACGUGGCAGCGUCGGUCACCAAACAGUGCUGUGACCUCACAGGCAUGGACGACCCUUUAACAGCAACAGCUCCUCAAGUCCACACUAGUUUGUGUCAUCUGCAUAAUGGGGGGGGGGGAAUGGUGGGAAGACUGAAGCAGAAUUUUUGAAGUUUGAAGUGCACAUCCUCAUCUGAAAGGAUUUAUGAGUCGCAAUUUAAUUGGAGGGAAUUAGCGGACAUUUAGCUUCUUCUUCUAUCCGUCAAAUUAAUCUCUGUGUGUUUCUCUUUCCUCUUGUCUCUCUCUCUUUCUCUCCCAGGAAAUCCAGAAUGGCUCCAGGGAUUAACCUUUGCUCUUGGUAGAACUACCCAGAAGUUCACGUCCCUUUUUUGCGGCGCAUCUCACAGCCCGGGAAAUUCCAUAAUGUAAACGCAUCCUGCUCUUUUUGUUUUUCUUCGAUAAACCUUCGGCUUUGGGCCAUGAACCUUAGAGGAGCUACCAGAACCACGGUUUCCUUCGUUUGGAUUUAGAUCCCUGUUUUGCCUGGACUACAUCACGGACCUGCAGCGGUGGCUAGUGGUGGUGGCGGUGGUGGCGGGAGGACCCCUCCACCUUGGAAUACAGGGAUAACUUUACAAAAGCGCGUUCCGCCAUGAGGAUAUCCGCCACCUCUUGCAUCUGUCCCUUUCUGGUGUGCCUCUGCUUCAUCCAGAGGUGCUACGGUGCGAGCCACCAUGUCCCGUCUAAAGUGCCCUCCAAGAACCAGACCAAAUUGGCCAACGGGGAGACGGAGGUGCACCACAGACCUAAGCGUGGCUGGAUCUGGAACCAGUUCUUUGUUUUAGAAGAACACAUGGGACCAAAAGCACAGUAUGUGGGAAAGCUUCACUCGAACUCGGAUAAAGGUGACGGAUCCGUCAGGUACAUCCUGAGCGGGGAAGGAGCCGGGACUAUAUUUGUCAUUGACGAGGUGACGGGAGAUAUUCACGCCACUAAGAGCCUGGACCGGGAAAGGAAAACGCAUUAUGUUCUGCAUGCACAAGCCUUGGACCGCUACACAGAGGAGGCCCUGGAACCAAAGUCAGAAUUCAUCAUCAAAGUGCAAGACAUCAAUGACAAUGCACCCAAAUUUCCAAAUGGACCCUUUGAAGCGUCGGUGCCUGAGAUGUCUGAAGUGGGCACGUCGGUGUUGCAAGUCACCGCGAUGGAUGCAGACGACCCCACCUACGGAAACAGUGCCAGAAUAGUCUACAGUAUUCUACAAGGACAGCCAUAUUUCUCCGUUGACCCCAAAACAGGAAUCAUCAGGACCGCCUUAGCUGAUAUGGACCGGGAAGCCAGAGAACAUUACACAGUUGUUAUUCAAGCCAAAGACAUGGCAGGCCAGGUCGGAGGCCUCUCAGGCUCCACCACCAUCAACAUCACUCUGACAGACGUCAACGACAACCCGCCACAGUUUCCCCAAAAAAAUUACCAGCUGUACGUCCCUGAAUCCGCUCAAGUAGGUAAACCGGUAGGGAAGAUCAAGGCCAAUGAUGAGGACCUUGGCGUCAACGCAGACAUCAAGUACAGCAUCAUUAACUCAGAGGGGGCCAACAUGUUUUCCAUAUCCACGGACCGGGACACGAGAGAGGGAAUCCUCAGCCUCAAAAAGCCCCUGAACUACGAGAGAAAGAAGACAUACACGCUCCACAUUGAGGGGACGAAUACACAUGUGGAUCCUCGUUUUUCCUUUCUUGGCUCUUUCAAAGAUACAGCCACCCUUAAAAUAACUGUCGGAGACGUGGACGAAGCCCCUGUCUUUUCUAUGGAUUAUUAUAUCAUGGAUGUGUAUGAGAACGCACCGAGUGGCACGGAGGUGGGCGCCGUAACGGCUCGAGAUCCCGACAGCAGAAACAGCCCUGUCAGGUAUUUCAUGGACAGCAGAGAAGAAGGGAAGAGGUACUUCAGAAUCGACGAGAGCUCUGGAGUCGUACGGACGACGCAGCCUCUGGACAGAGAAGAAAUGCCGUGGCAUAACAUCACGGUGAUGGCCUCGGAGGUUGACAACCCCAGCCUCCUCAGUCACGUCCCUGUUAACGUCCAGGUCCUGGACGUGAACGACAACCCGCCAGAAAUAGCCACAGACGAGGAGGUCAUUGUGUGUGAGAGCUCGAGGCCAGGACAGGUGAUCCAGACCGUCUCAGCUGUGGAUAAGGACGACUUUGCCAAUGGACAGAGGUUUUCCUUUGCUUUGCCAAGCCAGCUACCUGUUAAUCCCAACUUCACCCUGAAGGACAAUGAAGACAGCACAGCCAGCAUCAUUGCGAGGCGGAGGCGUUUCAACCACCUGACCCAGGAGCUGUACGAGCUGCCCAUUGUGGUGUGGGACGGUGGGGAGCCGUCGCUUAGUGGAACCAGCACCUUGACCCUGCGGGUGUGCCCGUGCCAGCGCCACGGCAGGAUCCGGAUGUGCCAAGGCGAAGCGUUCCUCUCCUCAGCAGGCCUCAGCACAGGGGCUCUGAUUGCCAUCCUGCUGUGCAUCGUCAUCCUGCUGG